CUUUUUUUCUAUUUUCCUUUUUGUUUUCUUUCUCUUUCAAACUUUCCUUGUUGCCCCCGCGCCCAAAAGCAAGAAUCCGUUGAUUAAUUUUUGAAAUAAAAAUCAAUACAAUUUCACAAUUUUGCAAUUAUUCCUAAGAGAGAGAAAACUCCAACUUUUAUACAGCAAGAAAGCAACCCUCAUCUUUUAAACCCAGAAAAAAAAAAUCCCAUGUUUUUCCUUUCGAUUUCUUUCUUUUUCGGAUAAUUAUUCUUGAAUAGUUUUUUGAUUGGAAAUUCUACACUCCUUUUUCAAAUCUCGAGGCAGGGUUUAAGGCAUAUUUUAACACAAAUUUCUCGGUUACCUGGCUGCACAAGCGUUUAACAAGUUUUUACCAAGGUUUUCUUUGUCGAAACCCCUUGAAAAUGGAAUCCUAAUUAGGAGGGUUUGGAAUUUGAGUGUAAGAAUCCAAGUUAAAAAAUUGGUAAAGAAGAUCAACUGUUUGGUUUCUUGUGGCCUAAUGCUGUUCUGCUCCGUUUGAGAGCUAAACAGUUGGUGUAAAAGAGGGUCAAAAGACUCGAUCAUUUUUAUCUGGGGUCGUGUUUCUUUUAUUUCUUUUGUUAUAUAAAACUCAGUUAUUAAGAAAAGUUCUGGUCUUGAGCAUGCAAGAAGGUAAAGAAUAUCACAAGCUACAGAGAAUAUGAAGAAGGUAAAUAAUGAGAGUGAUCAAGUGCCGAAACAGAAAGAAAGGCAUAUUGUUUCAUGGUCUCAGGAGGAGGAUGAUAUUCUGCGAGAGCAAAUUAGAGUCCAUGGAACUGAAAAUUGGACUAUUAUAGCGUCGAAAUUUAAAGAUAAAACGACAAGGCAGUGCCGAAGAAGAUGGUUCACUUAUUUGAAUUCUGAUUUUAAGAAAGGAGGAUGGUCACCUGAGGAGGACAUGCUCCUAUUGAUUUUAGUAUUUUACUUGUACUUGAAUUUUCUUUUAUCAACAAUACUCUCCGAAAAAACUGAUAAUGCUGUGAAAAAUCGAUUCACCACAUUGUGCAAGAAGAGAGCAAAACACGAAGCUUUAGCUAAAGAAAACAGCCAAAGUUCCUAUAUCAACUUAAACAACAAAAGGGUCAUAUUCCCAAAUGGAGGAGAUGAAAGUACCGUCCCAGUUAAAAAGAUGAGGGCCUAUUUUUCUAGCUCAACAGAAAGUCGAGAAGAAAAACUAGGAGGUGAAUCGGGCAUGGAGAAUCAUUUGCUGAGGUCCCCAUUUGCGGUGAUAGCUGAAAAUGUUCAAAAUUGUGAUUUUAACUUAAACACCCAUCUGCUCAUGAAGCAGAUGGAAUCAGUAGACAGAUCCAAAAAUAAUGAAAUUCAAGGAACAUUUCUUAAGAAGGAUGAUCCAAAGGUGCUUGCACUGAUGCAACAAGCAGAAUUACUUAGUUCACUGGCGAUCAAAGUUAACUUGGAUAAGACAGACCAAAGUCUCGAAAGUGCCUGGAAGGCCCUUCAAGAUUUUCUGAGACAAAAUAAAGAAAGUGAGCUGGUCGAAUUUGGAAAUCUGGACACUGAUAUUCAACUCGAGAAGUUGAAAGAGUUGGUGGAUGAUUUGAGGAGCAGUACUGAAGGCAGUAGACCUUCUUGGAGGGAAGACGGUGUAUAUGAAUCAUCACCAGCCAGUUCGGAGUACAGUACUGGCUCGACUAUGCUGCCAAAUUUGCCAGGUGAUAAAAUGGAAGACUGUCAAGCUGAAAUAUGUGUGCUAAAUCAAGACACUGGACAUGAAUUUCAGUCAAAUCAUAUACACGAUCAGAAUUGUCUUGCUGAGGAAACUGGAAUUUGCUCUACUGCAAGCACAAAUGCAGUGAACAUAUUAUGUGAUGGCAUCGAAACUAAAAAUGAUGAAGUACGUGAAUAUUCUGACACCGAAUUCAGAUCCCCCGUUCACGUGACCCCUUUGUUUAGAGCAGUGGCAGCAGCAAUUCCCAGCCCAAAAUUUUCUGAAAGCGAAAAGCACUUUCUGAUGAAGACACUGGGAAUGGACUUAAGUUCCCCAAGUCCAGUCGCCAAUCCUUCUCAACAUCGAGCCUGCAAAAGGUCCCUUCUUCAUUGCCUGGAUUUUUAAGUUCUCUUGAUUCUUAACCUUGUUAUGUCUUCUUGAAUAUUGCUAAUUGUGUAAGAUGGAGAAGAAGUGUUCCUAUGGUGUUUUUUGUUUGAAAGCUGGUGAGCACUGACCAGUAGUAAAAAUGGAGGACAAGUGUGAUAGUCG